AUGGACGGAUUGGUUUUGGCAAAUGCAGUCGAGAAGAUAUGUUUACUCCUUUUGUUUUUAAAAAUAUCUUUCGAAAUAUUUCCAUUCAUUGACUGCUUGUUGGGCACAAUGCUCCCUCAUCGACUCGACGUGAUGUAUGCAGUUUUAUUAGAUCGAUACUGUUCUUGGUUACUUGAAGACAUGACAUACUCACUCGACAUCGACAUCGACCACAGCAUAAAUUCCUAA